UUGCACAAUCGCUCAACUUCCUGGUGUUUCGGCCGUCGUCUUAUUGCAGCACAAUUCCUUGAGCCAAUGUACUUUCUGGUGGUGCUUCUAACAAUUACAGCACUUUGGAUAGAGAAAUGUGACGCAGCAACCCUGACAUGUACUGGAUGUACCCAACCUCCUAAUGAAGCUGACUACUACUGUCCUGGAGAAACACAGUUUUUAUACUUUUUUUGUGAAGCUUUUGAUUCUGCUCAAUUAACAUGGGGAAUUCCCAACUUAAUAUUAAUCCAAUAAAUUUUGGUGCAGCAACAGUGUCAGUGAAAAAGUCAUUACUAAUAACCGAGUCACAGCAAUACUCGACAAGAAAGAGACAAAUGGUGGACAAGUGGGAAAUUUUUCAUCUCAUCUAUGGAUUGAUUUUAGAAAUGUUACAAACAUGGAGCUCAACAUAACUUGUAAAACUUCCGCAGAUACCGCCUACAAAGAACUUCUGCCACUAGAAAACACAUUCAGUCCUUACGAAAUAUAUGCUGUUGCAACCACCUUGGAUCCCGGGAUUGAUGGACUCUUUGUUUACUAUCAAUGGAGUCACCCACAUCCAGAACAAGUAUUUGUCUAUGAAACAGAAGUAUAUGAAAGCGACCAGAUCAUUCAUAGAAUGAAUGUUUCUAGUGCAAUUAUGAAUGCAACCUGUCAAAUAGAAAACAUAACCAUGUGUAACAACUGUUAUUCGGUAGUUGUUACUGCUGUGGAUCGGUGUGGACAACGAAGCAUGAACUCUACAAACAUUGAAAUUGUUGCUGAUACAAGGACUGUUAAAGUGGAGGACGAAUCAAAGCUUAAUGCUGCAUCAAUAACUCUUAUACCCAUUGUUGCUAUUGAAACUGUGCUCAUUGUCAUUUUGACUGCAAUAGCAAUAUACUUGGGAAGAAGGGGGGUUAGCUAUAAUUAUGUAUACAUUGGUUAAACAUUAUGUAUAACUUUGAAAUGAGUUCAUAAGUGUUGUUUUGUUUCAUCCUUAGUAUUCUCUCAAGUGUAUUAUAACUAUCAUCAUUAUUAUAUAGUCUACAGAUCGAGAAUGAAUAUUGCUAUCAAUGUGUUUUCUUGCUUAAUAAUUUUGACUCUGUAAGGGUUAGCUACUGGACAAAGAAAAAAUGAAUGGGUAAGUUUAUGUCUUCAUUCUACUUCUCCAAAGCAUCACAAAGUA